GAGCUGGAGGAGGAGAAACUCCGGGUGGAGCGGCUCAAGAGGAAGUCUCUCCGGGAGCGCUGGCUGAUGGAUGGAGCAGCCGAGGGGCCUGAGCGGCCCGAGGACCCCACCUUGAACGACCCCCAGUCCCCGGAGGGCCAGGCUCAGGCCCGAAUCCAGAACUUGGAAGACAGCUUGUUCACACUCCAGUCCCAGCUGCAGCUGCUACAGAGCGCUUCGACAGGUGCCCAGCACAAGCCCUCGGGCCGGCCCACCUGGCGCCGACAGGGUCAGCGUCCUCUCUCCCAGCCCAUCGAGGAGGCGGGGCAUGCAGGCCACACUGAUGUGGACAAGAGGUCCUCCCUGCCGGCCCAUCCAGUGUCCCCAGAGUCCCCGUCUGAGCCUGGGCAGGAGGCCAUUGGGGUUCUGCCAACCUCGAGGCAGGUCCCCGGGGCGGUAGGGGCCGCCUCAGAAGCCAAUGGCCCUUACUCCGGUCCCAGCUGCGCUCCACAGGAGGAACCGAGUCAGAGGGGGGUGGGGGACGCCAAAGCGGGGGACGUGGUGGAGGUGGUGUGGGAGGGGCUGAGGGCCACGGAGGACUGUGCUGUGAUGGCCACAGGCCCAGAGCUCGAGGCCAAGGUGGAGGAGGUGGUUCUGGAGGCCAUCGGGGCCCGGCAGGGGGCCAGCAGCCCGGAGCUCCCGGCGUGGGUGAAGGACGACAGGGAAAUCGUGGAGGUGGUCUGGGAAGGGGUUGGGGGUGGCGACUCCACGGCCACCGAGGAGGCUGCAGGGACCGGCUCUCCAAGGCUCCAGGAGGGCCAGGAAGAAGUGGCUUCCAGAGAGGAGAAAGAUGCCCCCCGGGGCAGCCCCGAGGGAGAGGGACAGGGGGGCUCCGGAGGCGAGGAGGGGUCCUUCAUCUGGGUGGAACGGGUGACCCUGAGCGAGGACUGGGAAGAGCUGCUGGUCGAGGGGCCCACAGAGGCAGGGAGGGAGGGAGGAGGUGAGGAGACCUGGGAAGAAGAGAGGAGAAAAGCAGAAGAGUCCACGGGAAUAGGGGAGAAGGGAAGUGAGGGAGAGGCAGGAGCAGAGGGAGACAGAGCAGAGAUGACGGCGCAGGCGCAGGCCGUGGAGAGGCGCGGAGGGGAGCCGCGGAGGGAGACAGAGAGCAGAGGAGGUGAGGACAGGCUGGCGACAGAGCAGACAGGGGCCGAGGAGGCGCUGGGAUUAGAGAGAAAAGACACUGAGGGACCUUUGAGGGCAGAGGAAGAAAGAGCAGAAGAAAAAGUAGGAAUGGAAAAGGAGGUUGAGAGACUCUUAGGAGUAGAGAAUUUAGGCGAGGGAAAUCAAGAGGUGGUGAGAAAAGGGGAGGAGCCACUGGAAUUAGAGAGGAAAGAAAUUGAGGGGCCUUUGGGGGCAGAGAGGGACAGAGAAGAGGAAAAACUAGAAGCAGAGAAAGAGGAAGUCAAUGCAGGAGUCGACAGGAAAGAAGGUGAUGGUGAGAAAGAGGCAACCGAAAAAUCAUUGGUGACGAAGAGAAAUGGAGGUGAGGGGAAGGAGGAGGAAGAGAAGACCCAGGGGGUAGGGGAGGAUCUGCAUGCUGAACAACCCAGAGAGUCAGGGGGAGAAAUGGAACCCCAGGCAGAGGAGGUGAGCAAGACUGAUGAGGAGUCAAAGCCAGAGGAAGAAAGACUACAACCCUCAGACAAGCAGGAGGGCUCCCUAGAGGAGGAGGUAAAUUCCCAAACUCCUGCUGAGGGCCAGGGGGACGCCACACCCCUCCUAGCUGAGAUCCCAGCCCCAGGGCAGCCUGCGGAGUGCCAGCCACUGCUUCAGAGGGAGGGAUCCAGCGCCAACCCCAGUGCCCACCCCGCGCCCACCUACGCCCCUGCCCGACAGCCUGAGCCAUCGGCCCCCGCCGAGGGCGAAGAGGCAAGCGGCCCGAAACAGAAGACGUGCCAGUGUUGUGUGGUGAUGUGAGCCUGCACCCUCCACCCACGCCCAGCUCCUCAUAGCUACCUCGGCCUCUUGGCAUCCAGCGGAGGGUCCCAGGCUCACACCGGGCACCACGAGCCUGGCCGUGACACCCAGGAGCCAGCUGGCCCGCACGUCCACCUGUGCCUGGGCUUCCGGACCCUUGGUCCACUGCCUGCAACCCUGGCCCCUUUGCAAUGACGCCUUUAUACUUGAAAAUAAAACCUCAAAGCACUCGGA